CCGGUGAGAGGCGGAUGGCCACAGUCCGGGAGAAGGCGCUGGUACUCGGUCUAUGUAUGGACUACAGCCCGGUACACCGACCGCCAGGUCCGAACCUAAAUAAUAAACCAUUCCGAGCCACCUACAUCUGGAGCAGCAUCAUCCACGCUCUGCACACUCAGGUGGAGGUGAAGAAGCGGCGGCACCACUUGAAGUCCCACCCGGAUUGUUUCAUUGGCUCCGAUGCUGUGGAUGUUGUGUUUGCUCACCUGGUGCAGCACAAAUACUUUGGUGAUGCCGACAUCCCACGUUCCAAAGUUGUGCGGGUGUGCCAGGCUCUUAUGGACUGUAAGGUGUUUGAAUCCGUAUUGAGCACGUGUGUCUUUGGGAAAGAGAAGAAACGCUCCGUGUUUGAAGACAGUAGCUGCAGCCUGUACAGAUUCCUCAAUGUGCCACAUCGUACUACUGGGCAGGUUGAAAAGGGCCAUGGUCGAUGUACGCCACAGAGGCAUGAACAGGCCAGGUUCCCGUCCGCUCCUCUGCAGUCACAGAGCCUGGAAGAUCUCUGGGAUAACCUCAGUCUGACACCUGCUGACCCAACACAGAUGAAUCUGCCCAUAGACCUACCUCCCAAAGUUCUCAGUGAAGUCUGGCAGGAACAAACAAUUCGCCGACUACUGCAGCUAGUGGACCUCCCAAUUCUGGACUCUUUAUUGGAGGGUACUCCUGCCAUGCCUAAAACACAGCCAACAAAGAAUGAAGAGCUACUCAUUGCUUCCCACUAUCUGGACCGAGAAAUCCUCAAGGCAUUCAGUGACUCUCAGGCGGACGAAUGGGUUUCAGCAGCAGUGGACUGUUUGGAGUUCCUCCCGGACCAGAUUGUUGUGGAUGUGAGCCGAAAUCUCCCUGAAUGCCCUGACAAAGACAGGUCCUGGAAACUGCUGCUGUUUGAGACCAUCAGCAAGUACUACAGCCAGAACAGGGUUCCUCUUGUUACCAACCCAUUCUUUGACAUUCACUCGGGCAUUGCUGAGCUUUUAGUUAAUGGAAAGAUGGAACAAGCACUGGAAGCCACACAGUUGUGUUUGAAGCUCCUGGAUUCUCACAGCCGGGAGGAGUUCAGACGUCUGCUCUAUUUCAUGGCCAUUGCUGCAGAGCCCUCAGAGUUUAGACUUCAAGAAGAGAGUGAAAACCGAAUGACUGUAAAGAGAAAGUUCUCUCGUGCCAUUGUCGACCACAAGAAUCUGUCCAAGGGAAAGUCUGACUUGCUGGUGCUUUUCCUGCUGGACCACCACAAGGAUGUGUUCAAGAUUCCUGGAAGCUUGCACAAAAUGGUCAGCGAUAAGCUGGUGGCUAUACAGCAGGGAAGAGAUCCAGACAAAGACACAGGUUAUGCCUUUUGCCAAAGAAUGGAGAAGAGCGAAUUUGAUUCUGCCACACAAAAAACAACACGGACAGAACUGUGGACUUUGUUGAAAACUAUAUAUGAGAACACUAAGCUGUCCCCUAAAGAAAAGAAGCGUCUUCUGGGUCAGUUCUACAAAAGUCACCCGGAAAUAUUCAUCCAGUUCUUUGGUGACAGAGUCAGCACGGUGUAUAAAUAA